CCACUUUCACACAGAGAUCUUCAUUUACUCAAUAGACACACAUUUUCCUGUUUUCCAACUUUUGUCCCAGGAUAACUGCAGUGAUCUGUCCUCAUUUUAUAUCCAGAAUGCCUUUCCAUUUAGCUUCCAUGCUCUUUCUCCUUCUGCUUGCUGGGCCUAGCAGCACAUUAGUGCUGAGUCCUGCUAGAAUGAGGGCAGAGGGCAGGGUUCGAUCUGGAGUAAAGGACAAGACCGGGGACAGGGAAAGUACUGUAGGUAACACUGAAACUGGAUUUGGAGAUACUCGCGUUCCUAAGCCAAGAGUGACAGCAGGAGAAGAUGGUAAGGUGUGGGAGGACCCUGGUACUACUACCAACUUCAGGUCCACACUUUCUGUUAGCGAAGGUGGACUAUGGGAACCACGCAGCUUCUCUCGCUGUGUCCCCAUCCCAUCCGGCAUGGCCUUGUGCCAAAACAUUGGCUACGACACUAUGAGGAUGCCAAACCUGCUGGGCCACGAGUCUCCAGCUGAGGCUGUGCAACAGAGUGCCAGCUGGUUGCCACUACUUGCAAGAGAGUGCCAUCCCGAUGCCCGCAUCUUCCUCUGCUCUCUCUUUGCUCCCAUCUGUCUUGACAGGUUUAUAUCACCCUGCAGGAGUUUGUGUGAAUCUGUGCGAGACAGCUGCGCGCCAAUCAUGAGUUGCUAUGGCUAUCCCUGGCCAGAAAUUCUGCGGUGUGACCAGUAUCCUGCCGACCAUCUCAUGUGCAUCUCCUCCAUCACCAACACCACUGUUCACCCAGGGGGGCGCAGAGUUCCUCAGGCAAGCUGUCAGGAUUGUGAGCUGGAAGAGGCUUCCUCUUCAAAAGACACACUGGAGACAUUUUGUCGGAGCGAUUUUGUUGUGAAACUGCGUCUAACAAGACUCAAAUAUAGUCCAGCAAGUCUUUCUCAGUUCUCCUUAGCUGCUAAACUGGACGUCCUGAAGCAUGGACCCUUGUUGGGUGGGCAGAUCCGCUCCCGCAUUGAGCUGUGGUUGGAGAGGGAUGCCACCUGUGUAAAGAACAUGACACGACAACACCCACGAGGCGGCACUUUCCUUGUAACAGGCACAGUGCAGGGGGAGCACCUGGUGGUCAACAAGGCUUACGCCUGGCAAAGGCGAGACAAGGACCUCAUGGCAGCUGCUCGUAAAUGGAAACAUCACCGAUGCAGGAAUUAGGCUCAUGUAUUCAGUUCGUGAAUUUGAAAUAACUGAACUGAAAAAUUAAAAAAAACAAGAAUUAACCAGCUAUGGCUAGGAUAGCAUUUAGAUUUUCGACAUGAGUCAACAGCUGUAAAUAAUGUGUGGUCAACUCUUCAAGUGGAAGAUACAAAAUGGAGUGAGCUGGUUACAAAGGAGCUCGGUAUGCAUCAACAAUCUGUAUUUCAGGCAGCUGAGGUCAAAGAAAUAAAAGUUGUUGAGUAGAAAAUGUACAUAUUAGUUAAGUUUAACUUAAUAUGGCUGGUCUAUAUUUGCAUGCUUUGAGAAUGAUUAAAUUUUGUGUUCUAAACCUCAAGGAAAUGGUAUUUAUUCAAGAACAGCAGCUCAAAUCCGAAAA